AUGUUUUACGCUCAAUUUGUGUUAGCCAAGAAGUCGGCGUUGUCGCAGAUAUGGCUGGCAGCGCACAUGGAAAGGAAGUUGUCAAAGGCUCAGGUCUUCGAAACUGAUGUCUCGAAUGCAGUCAACGAAAUUUUACAACCAAAAGUAAGUUUUUAGCACUUUUUGUUCUUGUUUUAGGUAAUACCAAAGGGAAAUUUGUAUAAAAACGUUGAAUAUUGACUUAUGCAUUGGAUACGAGUUUUAAUAGAGCUUUUCUGAUGUAUGAUCAGUCAAAAAACAUAGUUUUCUUAUGAGCAAAAAUUUUCAGUCAAAAAUGUCUCUUCGAACGACCGGUCAUCUUCUGCUCGGAAUUGUGCGGAUAUUCUCGAAAAAGACAAAAUACGUCCUCGCAGAUUGUAACGAAGCCUUCGUAAGGAUCAAACAAGCCUUCCAGCCGGGCAGUGCUGAGUUGGCCAUGCUUCAAAAUGCGGUUAGAAAGGAUCGAAAUACCUCAGAACUUGAUGUAAGUCCAAGAAUGUAAAGUAAAAAUUACCCAAAAUAUGUCCGAUUUUAGCUCAUAGACGAAAUGGAUGUGAUAAUGCCGGAUAUCAGUGAGUUUGAUUACGCGCCGGCACCCAUGCAGCAGAGUCGGAUAGACGAUAUUACCCUUCAGGAAGAUAAUUUUGAACUCGGAGGUGGUGGGUUGAUAAAUGAAGACCUUAUGGACGACGAGUUUGAUGAUUGCGCAAGCAAUUUUGAUGAAGAAUUCGAACGGACAAAGAAGAAUUACGAACUUUUGAACAAAAAUGUGUCUGACGGUGAGCUUUUUGUUAGAAUUUUGUUGAUUUUUAGAUAUUGAACUUUCGCGUCGUUCCGUAUCCUUCCUUAGCGACCAUGACGUGCAAUCAGAGGCCGCCGCCAGCAUCCAUAAAGACGGCUCGGUUGCGGCAUCGGAUGAAAACGAAAAUCAUAUUGAUAAUGAGUUUGAUGAUUACGAUAGUGGCGAUGUGAUGGAAGUAGACCAGCCCAGAGUUGAGGACGACCUUGUAUUGGCCCCGUUGACUAAUCACACACCGGAAAAAGAGCCGCAACGUCAAAAGCGGAGGAGGAAGCUGGUCUGGGACGAUGCUAAUGUAAUAUCGGCGGAAGAGAUCCGCGACUGUUUGUCGGAUUACAGUGAUACGAUGCAACCGCUGGAAUUGGCACCACCGACCAAGCGAUUGAUGAAGAUUAAGGAGAUUGGUGUUAUGGAGCAUAUUUAUUCGUACCCCGCCACUGAUAUCUACCUCAACAAAAAUUUGAACAAAGUAGGUGAAGGUUUUGUUUUGUUUCUUGGAUUUUAGGGGCUAAAUUGGAUGAUGUGAUUGUAAGAAUUUCCGGAGAACUGAAAUGGCGCCUUCUAAUUUCCCAUUUUCAGAUGUAUCAACGUCAUUUGGUCCCCAAACUCCGAGAUAACGGUGAACAGACAGCGUUUGAUAUCCGCACUCAGCUCGGGAUGAGCGACGCCAUCGAUGAUGAUGAUAAUGUAGGUUGACAUCUAAUUCAGAGGGCCGGGAGAAAUUUGUUUCCCAGAAAUUUUUUAUAAUGGGGCUGAAAAUUGCGCAACACCAUGAAUAAUGUAAUAAUAUGGCGAGAUUUUGUUGACCCAAUUACAUGUGUUGGGAAUAAUGAACCGGAAAUGCAAUAUGCCCAUUACCCGGUCAUUUCCACACUUUCAUUCACAUAAUUGCGCAACGGAUUUUUUGGACAAUUUUUUGUUUGUUUUACCGGAAAUUUAUGCAAAUUACGGUAGUAAAACAUGUUGCUGAAAGUUAAAAAAAGAUUUUUUUUCGUAUUUUAGAAUGUAUUCUUGAUCUUUUUAGGCAUUUUACAAUUAGAAAUUAAGAAUUUUUUUUUUGAAAAUUUUAUUUUUUUCGGUGUUUGAGUAUUUUACCGUUCAUUUUCAGGUUGACGAAUCAAGCCACUCCGAUCUUCCAGCCGUUUUCGAAGAGAAUUCCUUGGAUCAAGGCCUAGAAGACUACCCGGAAGACGAUGAGCCCCGAGAAAAUGGAGUCCCCGAGACGAACGGAAAGUCCUCACCGAAAAAAGUAAGUUUAUAUUGGAUUCUGUGAAGCUUUUGUAAGAGUUCUGGAAGGCGAUUGGGAUUUAAAUUUGAGGGUUUUGAAGGGAAUAUAGGUGGUCCAGAAAGUUCGUUCGUUUUUUUUAUUUCUUUGUUUUACAAGGAUUGUUUGUUCUGCAAAGAGAAUAUAUUUAUUUGAUACAGGUUUUUCUCCUCUACAAAACUGUGUUUUUAAUUUUUUUUUGAAAAUUUAAUUUUUCAUUAGUUUUCGGACUCAGAAAUGAACCAUCUAGGAGGCAAAAAUUUGUAUUUUUCUUUUGAUUUUUUUUUUGAUUUUUUAAAGUUUUUACAUAAUUUUUUGAUAUCUAAAAUGAUUUAAUGUCCACAACGUCUAAUUUUUAUGGCCGGCUUGACCCUGUUUCCCAACCAUUUAGCCCCCCUCCCGACUUGCGAUCCCGGUUUUUUGGACCUGAUUUUGUCGGCAUUUCCGAUUCAUAAAAACCGAAAACAAAAGCGAGCGGAUAUUACGACUCCGAUGUCGGCAUCCAUGAAAACAACAAUGAGUAAUAAGCUGGCGAGAGUGUUGCGCAAUUGAACACAAAUAUUAUUAAUGGAUUGGGUAAUUUGAAUAAUUGGAUAUAAAAGAUUUUUUUUGGAUUUUUGGGGUUAUGGUAGGAAAAACGGCUUCUAUUUUUGGGACUACGGGAAGUUUUGUUAGUCAUUUAGGUAUAUAACGUUGAGUUUUGAAGCAACGGACCAACAGAUAAUUUCAUUUUUUUUUAAAUUUUUUGCCAUGUUUUGCUAAUUUUUUAAAAUUUUCAGAGAUAUGAAGAGGAAGAAGAUGAUGAAGAAGAUCACGCCGUGGAUAAUGACGAUCAAGUCUUUAGUAAACGAACACUGGGUGUACUGAGCAGCAUCUCAACGAAAUUCAAGACUAAUGAUAAUCAUGUAAGUCUACUAAUCUCUGAUUUGAAUAUUCAGAUUUUGAAAUUUGUUAUGCAAAUUUUUGAAAGCAAUAUUUUUUUAGUUAAAAAUAUAUUUUUUGACACGAAACUAAAUUUGUGAUCAUGGAUUUUUUUUGAAUAUUCAAAUUCCUUCCUCAAAAAAAUUUAAUAUUCAAAUUCCUUCCGCUUUUCCCGAUCCCGUGCUCCCUGGGAACGACAUAUUCGAAUAUAAGUGCGGGUGUUUGUGACGAAUAUCCGACUGUCAUAAUGGGAAUAUUAGAAAGUGGGCCCGAGACUUUUGCGGUCCCGUCCCUGAUUCAUUUUUUUUGGAACAAUAGUUUCCCAAUCCAUGGGAAAGUGCGCGGGAAAAUUGGGAUCCGAAUGAAAAAAUGAAAAAUCUGAAUCCGAAAUGAGACAUUUUGGAGGAUGCACUGGGACUGGGAGUACUGUAAUUUGAGGUUUCAAAUGAUUUUUGGUCCAUUUACAUGGCUUUGAAGAGGAGUUAGCUUCUUUAUGUUGCUGUUGGAAUUCCUUUACAAGGAAAGUACCUUCUAUGGGGUAUGGAGUUACAGAUCGACAUAUAUAUCAAAAAAAAAUCGCAAAAUUUUUCUGAUUCAGAAUAUGUGAAAAUUAACUGCCUAAUUUUGGGUUGCAAGGGUGAAAAAAACCCUCAGAAAUUUUCUUGCAACACCACGGAAACUCUGACCAAGUUUUUGCCAAAUCGGAGGCUUUGUUUGGAGCUAAAGUAAACCCUGGCAUCUUGACAAGCCUUAAAAAAGCCCUUUUUUAAAUUGGAGCUACUGAUUAAGGUUUAUUAUUAAUCGAAUUUAAUAUUGUAAGGCUUGUCAAGAUACCAAGGUUUACUUUUGCUCAAAACAAACCAUUUGAUUUGAUAAAAACUUGGUGAAAAAGGCAUUUGCGUGGUGUUGCGAGCAAGUUCUGAGGAUUUUUUUUCACCCAUACAAACCAAAAUUAGGCAGCUAAUCUUUACAUAUUCUGAAUCAGAAAAAUUUUGCGAUUUUUUUGAUAUAUGUCUCGGCCUGUAACUCCACACCCCAUAGAAGUACUUUCCUUAUUGUAAAAAUUUGAAAUUUAUAAUUUUACUAUUGUUUUCCAAAGUUUUGGGGUCCUAAAGUGCUGCUAAGCUCUCCAUGACCCCCUCAGAUACCAUACCACAAUUUCCAGAUGUUGCUGGUGUCAUUAUCCCCUGAUUUUUGCUCGCAGAUCCGGCUAAUUUUACUCGUUUUCCCGAGAAUGUUUAUUAUUUAUGCCUGGAUGCGUUUUUACGGCCCGGAUUAGCGGAAACCCCCCUGAUUGCGCAUUCCGAUUACCCUGGGUCACCAAGAAUUGGGGGGAAAUCGUGUACGAAUAAGUGAAAAAUUUUAGUGAUUUUUGGUCUUGAAUCAAAAAAAAAAUAUUUUUUUUUGCAACUUCCGUCUACGGUAUAAUAAGAUCAGAGUACCCCGGCUACAGUAGUCGAAACCACUUGCCCUCUGAGUCAGAUGUGACUUGAAAAAACAUUACGCUUCGGCCAUUGUUGAAUUCAAAUCGAAUCCCCCCCAAAACCGUAGUCCCAUUGUAUGUGUGAAAGUAACGGAGUUUCGCAUUCAAAAAUUGGUUCAAAUGCCGACUCGAUUGGUACUGUAGCCCUGACUCAGCAACCGUAACGGAAAAAUUUCGAUAUUAGUAAUAGUAAAGUAACGUUUUGGUAUUAGUAAUAGUAAGAAAUUGGGUUUUCAUCAAGCACUGUAAAUCAAAAAAAAGCAGGAUCAAGUUUAAGAGCGCUUGCGCAAAAUAGUGGAUUUAAAAAUGUAAAAUGAGACAAUUGUUAUGCCUGGCAAGGAAAGUACUUUUAUGGGGUAUGCAGUUACAGGUCAAGACGUAUAUCAAACAAAAAAUUGCAAAAUUUUUCUGAUUCAGAAUAUGUAAAAAUUAGGUGCCCAAUUUUGGUUUGUAUGGGUGAAAAAAACCUCAGAACUUUUCUCGCAACACCGCACAAAUUCCCCUUUUUAUAUUGGAACUACUAAUUAAGGUGUAGUAUUACUCAAGUUUGAUAUUUAAGGCUUGUCAAGAUGCCAGGGUUUACUUUAGCUCCAAACAAAGCCUCCGAUUUGGUAAAAACUUGGUCAGAAAGGCAUUUGCGUGGUAUUGCAAGAAAUUAUGCCUUUUUCGCUAAGUUUUUGUCAAAUCAAAAGCUUUGUUUUGAGCUAAAGUAAACCUUGGUAUCUUGAAAAGCCUUACAAUAUCAAAUUCGAUUAAUGAUAAACCUUAAUCAGUUGCUCCAAUUUAAAAAAGGGCUUUUGCGUGGUAUUGCGAGAAAAGUUCUGAGGAUUUUUUCACCUUUACAGACCAAAAUUAGGCAUCUAGCUUUUACAUAUUCUGAGUUAGAUAAAUUUUGCGAUUUGUUUGAUGUAUGUCUCGACCUGUAACUCCAUACCCCAUAGAAGUACUUUCCUUGUGAAAAAAUCCAAAAAUUGAGUCACGAUGACGAAAUUUAUCGGAAAAUUUUUUAGAUAAUCUUGGAUGACCUCCUCUCCAACAAGGCGACUACAAAAACGCGCGCACAAAAGUUCUACGCACUUCUCGAGCUCCACAAGGCGCAUGUAAUCGACAUCGACCAGCUGGAGGCGUACGGCCCAAUUUCGAUCAAACCUGGCCAACAGUUGGACGAGUUCCUCAAAACCCAUUAA